AUGCUAAAAAGAUGCGACAGUGAUAAGGUGCAGUGCAGUCCAUCAAACCACUCCAUGGGACCUCCUCUGCUGACCGUGGAGAUAGACAACGGAAUCGUUAAACUUACGUUGAUGAAGCCAAGCGGCUAUAUCUCAGGCGUACGAUACAAAGGAAUCGACAACAUACUCGAGAAUCGUCUUAAAGAAGCACGUAGAGGAUAUUGGGACAUUGUGUGGAGUAGGCCAGAUAUACGCACACGUUCUUUCUUCGACACGCUCGAAAGCACAAGCUUCAGGGUUGUAGCAGAAACCGAAGAUCAGGUUGAAAUUUCAUUCACAAAGACAUGGAAUUUAUCGCUUGGCAAUAAUUUCGUACCACUCAAUAUCGACAAAAGAUAUAUAGUCCUGAGUGGAGUUUCCGGUUUUUAUUCGUAUGCAAUAUUCGAGCAUUUAAAAGGGUGGCCUGAUUUAAAUGUCGACGAAGCGAGAAUCGCCUUCAAGCUUCGCCAUGACAUGUUCGAUUACAUGGCUAUAUCGGACGAUAAGCAAAGGAUAAUGCCAACGGAAAACGACAGAAUUAUCGGCCAAACUCUUGAUUAUGGAGAAGCUGUUUUGUUGACAAAUCCAGUCAAUCCAAAACUCAGAGGAGAGGUGGACGAUAAGUAUCAAUACUCGUGCGAUAACAAGGAUAACCGUGUACAUGGAUGGAUUAGCUCCGAUAAGCGCAUCGGGUUUUGGGUGAUAACGCCUAGUGACGAGUUCCGAGCCGGUGGCCCUUUCAAACCAGAUCUCACUUCUCAUGCCGGCCCCACUGCCUUGGCUGUGUUCUUUAGCGGGCACUAUGCUGGCCCGAAUUUCGGAGUACGAUUACGAAAUGGAGAACCGUGGAAAAAGGUCUACGGCCCGGUUUUCAUGUACUUGAAUUCAGAUACGAGCGAUGAGCCGAGGGCACUUUGGGAAGAUGCUAAAAAACAGAUGUCACAAGAGACCAAGAAAUGGCCAUAUGACUUCCCAUUGUCGAGUGAAUUUCCUAAAGCCAAUCAACGCGGUACGAUAAACGGGCGAUUAUUUGUCCGUGAUAGGUACAUUAACAGGGAAUUAAUACCAGCUAAAUCAGCUUAUGUGGGAUUAGCUCGACCUGGAGAAGUUGGAUCUUGGCAAGCUGAAGCCAAGGGUUAUCAAUUUUGGACACAAACCGAUGACAAUGGGUACUUCACAAUAACAAGUGUUAGAGCGGAUACUUACAACUUGUAUGCAUAUGUUCCGGGAAUCAUUGGAGACUACAAACACAACGGUGAUAUUAUCGUCCGACCAGAAAUCCAAAUUCAAAUAGGCGAUCUUGUGUACGAUCCUCCAAGAAACGGUCCAACGUUGUGGGAAAUCGGGAUUCCUGAUCGUACUGCAGCUGAAUUCUAUGUACCUGAUCCCGCCCCAAGCCUUGUGAACAAGCUAUUCAUCAACCACAUCGAAAAGUUUAGGCAAUACGGAUUAUGGGAUCGAUACACAGAUUUAUAUCCUUCCGAAGAUCUAGUUUACACGGUUGGCGUCAGCGAUUAUCGAAAAGACUGGUUCUUUGCCCAUGUAAACAGGACUGGAAAUUAUACACUCAGGCUUGCAUUAGCAUCUGCUAACUUUGCUGAAAUACAGGUACGGAUUAACGACCCCGACGCUCGUAACCCUCAUUUCACAACGGGGCGAAUAGGCAGAGACAAUGCAAUAGCAAGGCAUGGCAUUCACGGGCAAUAUUUGUUAUACAAUGUUGAUUUAUUAGGGUUUCAACUUAUCAACGGAAAAAAUACGAUAUAUCUCAAACAAGCAAGAGCCUCGAGCCCUUUCAACGGAGUCCUUUACGACUACAUUCGCCUUGAAGGCCCGUUUGGAAGCCCACAAUAA